AAUCACCUUUUGGCAAAGCAAAAUCUCUUUAGCCAAAAUUUCCCCUUUUCUUUUCUUCUUCUUCUUCUUCUGUAUCUUCAAUUUUCUCCAUUCCCAUUCGACCGAGCCUUCACACAUUCUCCACACACACACACACACACCAUAUCAACAUUGACAUACACAAUCGAUAGAUACACCUGUAUAUAUAUUUAAUCUAUAUAGAGAUGUGGCGGUGCGUGUCCCGUGGCCUCCGCAUUCCGUCGAGGAAAUCCACAUCCGCCGACUCCAUCCGCCGCCUCUUCUCGACUCAAUCGAAUGAUGCAGCGCCAUCCUAUACAGUGGUGGAUCACACAUACGAUGCAGUCGUGGUGGGUGCAGGAGGUGCUGGGCUGAGGGCUGCGAUAGGAUUAUCGGAGCAUGGAUUCAACACAGCUUGCAUUACCAAGCUAUUUCCUACUCGUUCACAUACCGUUGCAGCACAGGGUGGAAUAAAUGCUGCGUUGGGAAAUAUGACAGAGGAUGAUUGGAGGUGGCACAUGUAUGACACAGUAAAGGGAAGCGAUUGGCUAGGCGACCAGGAUGCCAUUCAGUACAUGUGUAGGGAAGCACCAAAAGCAGUUAUAGAACUUGAAAAUUAUGGGCUACCAUUCUCCCGGACUGAGGAUGGAAAGAUAUAUCAACGUGCAUUUGGUGGUCAAAGCUUGAAUUUCGGAAAAGGCGGGCAAGCGUAUCGGUGUGCAUGUGCUGCUGAUCGAACUGGACAUGCUUUGUUGCACACUCUAUAUGGCCAGGCUAUGAAACAUAACACUCAAUUUUUUGUGGAAUACUUUGCCCUUGAUUUACUCAUGGGCAGUGAUGGUAGCUGUCAAGGUGUAAUUGCCUUAAAUAUGGAGGAUGGCACCUUACAUCGGUUCCGUUCUGCCUCAACGAUUCUUGCUACUGGGGGUUAUGGUAGAGCGUACUUUUCUGCAACUUCAGCUCACACUUGCACCGGAGAUGGCAAUGCCAUGGUAUCACGUGCUGGGCUACCUCUCGAGGAUCUUGAGUUUGUUCAGUUUCAUCCAACCGGCAUUUAUGGUGCUGGGUGUCUCAUUACUGAAGGCUCCAGAGGUGAAGGUGGUAUUCUUAGGAACAGUGAAGGUGAAAGAUUCAUGGAACGGUACGCCCCAACAGCCAAGGAUCUUGCAUCUAGAGAUGUUGUCUCAAGAUCUAUGACAAUGGAGAUCCGAGAAGGGCGUGGUGUUGGACCUUUGAAAGACCACAUCUAUCUUCACUUGAAUCAUUUGCCUCCGGAGGUUCUUCAAGAAAGACUUCCAGGUAUUUCUGAAACCGCCGCCAUUUUUGCUGGUGUUGACGUCACAAAGGAGCCAAUCCCUGUCUUACCAACCGUCCAUUAUAACAUGGGUGGAAUUCCAACAAAUUACCAUGGAGAGGUUGUUACGAUCAAAGGUGACAAUCCCGAUGCUAUUAUUCCUGGGCUAUUCGCUGCUGGGGAAGCUGCCUGUGCAUCUGUUCAUGGAGCCAAUCGACUUGGAGCCAAUUCACUUCUUGACAUUGUUGUCUUUGGCCGUGCGUGUGCCAACAGGGUUGCAGAGAUCCAUAAGCCAGGAGAGAAACAGAAGCCAUUAGAGAAGGACGCUGGAGAGAAAACAAUUGCAUGGUUGGACAAGCUUCGGAAUUCAAAUGGUUCCCUUCCCACCUCAAAAAUCCGGUUGAACAUGCAAAGGAUAAUGCAAAACAAUGCUGCUGUAUUUAGGACACAAGAAACUCUGGAGGAAGGCUGUAAGUUGAUUGACAAAGCCUGGGAGAGUUUCAAUGAUGUCAAGGUGGAGGACAGAAGCUUGAUAUGGAACUCUGACUUGAUCGAGACCAUUGAGUUGGAAAACCUGUUGAUUAACGCAUGCAUCACUAUGCAUUCGGCUGAAGCCAGGAAAGAAAGUAGAGGAGCUCAUGCACGUGAAGAUUUCACUACAAGAGAUGAUGAGAAAUGGAUGAAACAUACAUUAGGAUACUGGGAAAAUGAGAAAGUCCGACUGGAUUACCGACCAGUUCACAUGAAUACGCUCGAUGAUGAAAUUGAAACUUUCCCUCCCAAGGCUCGAGUGUACUGAGGAGUCGGCUUGUUAAGGAGGAGCAGAUUUAUCUGCUAAAGGUUUAAAGAUUGCAAUAAUAAAUUAAUAAAAGGGCCAAAUUUUGGUAAUAAGUAAAAGCUUUCUUCAGCGUUUCAGUUUCAGUUUCACUGAUGAUUUGAUGCAAGAAAAGCAGUUAUAGCUUUCUUGUAACUUAGUGAUUUAUUAUUAUACAUGCUAUUUAUUAUUAUGCUUUGCUUCUCAUACAGUACAUACUAGUUGAUUGGCUAAUUAAUGUAUGGAUUUCGAACAUCUCCGUGCGAGUUUUUACCGAAGGAUGAAGAUCUUUGCUCAACUUUAUAGUAACUAGUUGCAUUUUGGUGUUA